CCGGGAGGGCCUCUGGGGCUGAAGGCACCGGAGCUCGGAGUCCCAGUGAUCCCUCAGGCAGCAAAAGCCGCCAAGCUGGAGCUGCACAAGGACUUGAGUGGGGCCGGGGCUGCCGAGCAGCGGCUCCUCCGAGCGGAGGCCGCUGACAGAAAGAGCCCUUAGCGGUGGUGGUCUCCCGGAGGUCGAGUGGCCGGGCUGGGAGCCUGCUGCGCUGGUUCACCACUGUGAUCCUGUCUCUGGCCUUCCUGGGGAUGGCAAUUGUAAACAGGGGAAACAAGAGGCCUGCUGGCCUGUGGGAAUCCAUCAGGACUUACCUAGCUGGACCCCAGCUCCCCAGCCCUGCCUUGUCCUGUGGCUGGCUGAGACUCAGGGUCACCUCUGGAAUAAGCGCUUCUAUACUGGGACCCACAUUUCAAGAUCUGGCCACUAAUGUGAAUUGCAAUAUCAGCAGUCUUUCUGAAAUAUUUGUGGGUUGUGCUUUAGGAUAUUUGUGUGGCUCUGUGAUUGGAGGAGUUCUUUUUGACUGUAUGAAUUAUUUCUUACUUUUGGGGCUAUCAAUGUGGGCCAUCAUCGUGAGUUCUUAUCUUAUUCCAUUUUGCAAGACUGUAGUGGUGCUAAAAGUGAUGAUGUCUGCCAUUGGUGUCUCUUUUGGGGUUCUAGAUACAGCCUUGGCAAUCUUCUUUGCAGCAUGUUUGCGACCUGCCACCAUGAUUGUGCUGAGCAACCUUGGCAGCCUGGCCUCCAGUUUGUUUCUGGUGCUUUUUGACAAGAGCCCCCUUUGUCUGUGGAUAGCAACCUCCGUGUAUGGGGCCUCCAUGGCCACCACGUUUCCCAGUGGUGUUUCUUGGAUUGAACAGUACACCACCAUCAGUGGCAAGUCUGCUGCAUUUAUUUUGAUUGGUGCUGCCUUGGGACUAAUGGCUACUCCUGCAUUAACUGGAAUUCUUCAAGGACAAUAUCCAGAUUUACCAGUAGUUCUAUAUGCCUGUUUUGGGUCUGCAAUAUUCACUGCUAUUUUAUUUCCUAUGAUGUAUAAGGUAGCUACCUUGCCUCUUGGAAAAGAAAACAGAAAAGGUGAGUAUUCUGGACUAUGAAGACAAGAAUGAAAAGUAUGAUUCAGAAAAACAAAAUGAAAUUGGUUUGUUCUCUCCCUCCCUCCCUCCCUGCCUGCCUUCUUUCCUUCCUUCCUUUCUUCCUUCCUUCCUUCCUCUCUCCUUCUCUCCCUCCCUUCCUCCUUCUCUUUCUCCCUCCUUUCAUCUCUUCUUUCUUUCUCUGUACUGGAUUGGAUCCAAUGAUUCCAGAAAUCCUCUACUUAAUCUAAAACUUCAGCUAGGAAAUGGAUUUUGAACUGGUUGAAAUGAAUGGUACAAUGAGGCCUUAUGUAAUAUAGACAUCUAGUAAUACAUUGAUGGAGCCCACAGUGAGAUUUCAAACCAGUUAGUUCCUCUCUAAUGCAUUGAUGACUGAGUCCAUUGCAGUUCAUGCUGGCCAUCUUCCAUGAAGCUCCA